AUGGUUCGAGUGAAGGCAAAGGCACGUAAAGGGGAUGAUGCCUUUGAGCAGCGCAAACAAAAGGUGGGCCGCAAGAAACUCGCACCCGCCACAGCCACACGGGCAGAAGUGCAUGCACGAACACUGCGCGUCACUGCCCCAUCCGCCAUCACCCGCGCAACAAUAGAAGAACCCCCAACAGGAAACGAAUCAGAAAAUCGAAAACGAGAACAACAACGAGAAAAAGAUAAAGCCACUGUAGUGGUGUCCGCAGAGCAAUUACACAGGGACUUUAAGGAACACUUGUGUGGAGCGAGGCAUUACAAGAAAGGUGUGCGAGCCUCCGCCUUUACAUCCCUCACGAGAAGUAUCACGGCGAACUAUGAAACGCACAGAAUGGCAAUUAGUCAAUCCUCCUCAGCUUUUACCGUAUCAUCUGCAGCAAAAAGAGUGGAAGAAUUGUUAUUAAGUCCAGUGGAGUUAUUAUAUGCCUUUACAAGUGCAUUGGAUGCGAUGACAGAUACAGAAGAUGAUGUCCGCCGUGCCGCACUUAACACGUUACGUAUUAUUUUACACCCACCAAGUGAUUAUUCACAACAGAAUCUUGGAAAUGAAAAUGAUCCCACUUCACUGAACAGAGGAACAGUAGGAGGAGGAGGAGGAGGAGGAGAUGUAAAGAGUAGUGAGAUGGUUUGUGAUUUGGAGCGUGUUCAGGCAGUUAUGCGUGCGGUGGAUGUGACGUUAACACAUGCAAUGGUUUCUGUUCGUCGCACAGGUGUUGAAUUACUGCAACUUAUUUUACAAGUCUGUCCAAGUGGUGUUCGUAUGGUAUUAAGGGAAUCCGAUAUGUGGGUAAAGAUGGUGAUUCGUGUUUCCAAUGUUGUUAUGCAUACCACUGGUAAUAGUAAUAGUAGUAAUACAGUCAUCACAACAGCCAUGAAAAUGAUUCAGGUUAUUCCUGAUCUUCUUGAGACCAUGUUACAGCCAUGUACAUCCAUAGAUAUGAGUGAUGGAGUUUCCUUUGCUCAGGAGGAUGAGGAACAACAACAGCGAGAGACUGCUCUUGUGGAGAUUGGUACAUCACCAAUGCGAAUACUUGAACUCUUUGAGGAGUGUUCGCCAAAGUGGAGUAUGGCGUGGAAGGAGUUAAUGGAACUGCAGACCGCCCUCUUUCGUGAUGUGGAACGCGUUCAUCGAGCUACAGCAAUUGCACGUAUUUUUGCGUGUCUUUCUAUGUUUCUACGUAAACACCGUCUGCUUAAAAAACAACAUAUGCAACUUUUGCGUCAACUUUUCACAGCAAAGGUACCUUUUACAAUGCGGGAAUUAGUAGCGAAUGCCGCUAAUACUACUACUACUACUACUACUGCUACUACUAUUGCCGCUCCAGAGACAGUUCAUAAUGCUAAAAGUAAUAGUAGUAAUACGAUUAGUAGCAGUACUAUUCUUAGUAGUGGUAGUAAGUCUCGUUUAGAACUUGCUAAUGCUAUUGCAGAUGCUUGUCUUCCUUUAGCGGCCUCUUCAGAUGAUGCGUGGCAAAUGUUGCGGGAUUUCUUAUCUUUUACGAUCCGUGAUGUAAAAGAUACCUCAACAACAACAACAACACGGGUAAAUCAGAAUAAUAGUGGAAUAAACAGUCGGAGUGCUCUGCGCAUGCUUGGUCCACUUCACACCCUACGUGCGGCUGUUGUGCAUUUCCCCAGUAGUCUUCUCCCACGACUGUUAUUUCUCGCUCCUCCGCUCUUGCAGUCUGUCACACGUGCUGCCAGCAAUAAUACUAAUAAUAAUAAUAAUAAUAAUAAUAAUAAUAAUAAUAAUAAUACAGAGGAUACAACGUGGAUGAAGGUCCUGUUGGCUACCGCUGACGUUCUCUCUGUCCUGCUCGCCUCACGAGCGGCGGCAGCAUCACCACAGGGAUUAAAAUUUCUCUGCGAGGCGGUGUUGUUUGUGCCGCGGCUUCUUUUCGCACUUCGCACGAACACCGAUCACGCAAUGGUGGAUCGUGUUGUUUUUGAAUUCCUCCUACCACUUUGGCGUGUUGCGAGUAGUGGACAUCCACUGAUGAUGUGUACUCCUUCCUCUUCUACUGCUACUACUGCUGACGCCGCAGUUCAGCUUCGUGCGUUGUUGCCAUCGUUAUUUGAACUCCGCAUGCCAGCGAAGGAAAAUGAUGGAGAAUGUGUAGUGUUAGAUGGAGUAUUGAGUUGUUGUGAGAGACGUACGGUGGAGCUUGCCGUACAUCUGAUGUUUUAUUUGAAUGCGGAGGUGCCACGUAGUUGUGCGGCUUGUGUGCGUACGGGUGUGGUGUUUCCAGACCUUGCCGUCACUCUCCCAUCUGCUUAA